GCGGAGUCUCUUUUAGCUACUUUAGAACCCACACACGCCGCUCGUGCGGCUCAAUCAAGAAGGUGUGGCAAACAUGGCGACGGAUGAGCAACAGUUGGAGGAGCUCCAGCGAAGAUUUCACCUCAUGGGUACUACGCAAGGCCUCUCUUGUCAUCAUUGCUGCAUGUAACUGUAUACACACAGAGGGGGAGCGCAAGAUGACCUACGAGGCGGCGCAACAGACUCUCAAACAGAACAAAGACACCAUCAAGACGCUCAAAGAGGAGGCCAAGUGUGCACACACGCUGAAGAAAGAGCAAGUCACAUCACACCUGCCAUCUUGAUUGCACCGGCAUCCUGUAGGACACUACGUCUUGCUGUCACUGACCUCAAGAAGAGCACCCUGCCGCCAGAGAAUGUCCAGUUGACACAAAAGGUGUGCAAUCGCUGUAUAACGAAGCGGGCAGUCAUGCCCAAAUGCCGAUCCCGGCUCUCUUCAUUUGUGCUCAGCGAGAGGAGCUUGCGACGUCCAAGACGAGACUGGACCUGACGAGGGACGAGAAUGCAAAGCUGCACUCCGAACUCAAAAUACUCACCGUAAGUAGCCACCUGUGAAGUCACGCAACCCGACGUGAUGGUUGGCAUCCGGCAGGACAAGCUCAAGGAGCUGGAGCUGAAUGCCCGCAGGCCGACCAGCGACGACUCACCACACAUGAAGCAAAUAAGAAUCUUCGAAAAUAGACUCGACAAGGUAGGGGUGCACAUGGGACACCCCCCCCGUUGUCGACGCUCUUUGGCUCGAUUGUUUUGACUCACAGGCCAUGAUCAAGUACAAUGAGGCACAGAGCAUCCGCAAGACGUACGAGCAGAUCGUCAAGCGGCUCAAGGACGAGCGAGUCGGAUUCGACCAUCAGCUUGCCGCCAUCGAAAAAAGCCUCAAGGUGAAUGAACAGUUCAGCCGGCAGUUUCUUUGUUCAUCGCCGCAUCUUCGCUCCUUUUUCUUCUCCCCAGGCCAAGGAGCAUGACUACGAGGAACUGCUGCUGCUGUCCCACGAUGCCAACCAUGCGAAGGACAUGGCGCAGGCGGAGCUGCAUCGCUUCGAGCAGAGUGUGAUUGAGGAGAGGCAGCAGCGGGAGAAAGAAGUGCAGGUACAUACAUACACGCACAAACGACAACACCGCCGAGCUGCAAGGCGCGCGUCAUCCUUCUUUUUCUAUCAGGAGAAGAAGACGCUGGUUCAAGCACGCGUCGAAAUGAACCAGCGGUGAGACACCAAUUACACUCGUCUGCGUCCUUUGCGCAUGUCGCCCUUUUCUCUUCCUGGUCAGUCUGGAGCAGCGCGAGCGCGAGAAGAAGCUGCAACAAGAGGCGGAUCGCGCUGGCAAAGAGGCACUCCAGACCACGCAGGCCGUCUCCGAGCUGGCUGCCGGCGUCUCGCACGCAGAGGCGGAAGAUGAAAGGCAGAGAAUGCAGGUCGCUGCAUCUACAAGCAAGAGAGCUCUCUUGAAGGCCUUGACAUCACUCCGUGUGUGUGUGUGUGUGUGUGUUGGCUGCAGGAUUUCGAGGAGGCGUUCAGAAGGAUAAAGGAGGCGACGGGUGUGUCUGACGUCAACGAGGUCAUCCAGAAGUUCCUCACCCAAGAGGAGACGCAGAACAACCUCCUCAACCUCACCAAGGAGAACCAGGCCCGGAUCGAUCAACUGCAGGAGGAAAGAGCCAGACUCAGAGCCAAAGUGCGUGGGCACGUAUGCGUACCUGUUGGAGGCACGAAUGAAUGAAGUCGAUACGCGGUGUGCCGUGGAACGCCUAUCUGCCUGUUCUGGUCUAUCUGUCCGUCAGUUGGAGGAGAUGAAGUUCUCGUCGUCUGGUAUGGAGCAGCGGCGUCAGGCUGUGGAUGACUACGAGGCGCAGCUCAACGAGGCCAACUCACGCUGCGAGCGGGCGCGCGUCAAGUACGAGCGGGUCGCUAAGAUACUCGUCGACGCCACCGCUGGCAUCGACCACCUCGCCGAGUUCCUGCAACCUAUCAAAGUAAGUGAGCACAGUGCCCUCGCACACACACGCAGCACAAACAUCAUGUGUGUGCCGUGCGUCUAUCUGUCAGCUUGACCGUGAGGCGCCCGAGACGGCUGCACCUGGUGCGGCAAGGAAUGUCGAGGACACGCUGGUGACGUGCGACCUGAAGCUCACGAAACUGCUUGCUCUUACUAACAUGGUGUGUGAGUGCGAUGCCUCUCUGUCUCAAUUGGCUCAGACUGGAUGUGUGUCCGUGAGUGUGUGCACGUGUCGAUGCAGGAGCCGCAGGGGCCCCCUCCAGGUCUGUUGGAGACAGCCAAGAUGGAGUCAGCCCUCAGCAGCAUGGUGAGUGAGCGCAGACAGACAUGUAUGUCCAUUUGCCCUGCUCUCUAGUCAUGUCUCUCGCCGCCUUGUCGUCUGUCUGUCUGCAUAUGAAUGGGUCCACGUGGUGUCAGGCUCAGAGCAUCCGUGUGCGUCUGCCUGAGGCCGAUGCUGACGAGGACAGAGACGAAGACGAAUACGAAGACGAGGUAUGUACAAACAAGCAGCCAGCCGAGAGACACACUUCUUCCCCGUGGGUGGCUCCCUCCCUCCCUCCCUGCCCCACUCAGCUUGACGAGGAGGUGUGGAAUCGCAAGCACGUCAAGUACAACUCACAGCAGCUCCUCGAGAAGCAACAAAAGAAACUCAAGUACAUCAAUGAGGCCAACACCACACACACGGGCGACCCUUUACGGGUGUGUUUGGCUGUGUGUGUUUCAGGAAAAAGAUCAAGGGCAGCAAGCCGCGGAAGGAGUGAGAAUGCCGCUGUCCUACUGCUGUGCUGCUGGCGUGUGUGCCUGUG